GUAGCCGAACGCUGUGGCGGGGCAGGCGAGGCGGUCGCUUCGAGCGCGCUAGUCAGCUCCCUGAAGGGAGUGACGGCGGUUGGGUGCCCGCGGCCACUUUUGCCUUCCCGGGUAAGUGCGGCGGUGGCGGUUGGCGCCGCCGGCUGACGGGCGGCUUCCUGGGAGACGGGGAGAGCACCCGGCAGGCCCGCCUGAGGCGUUUGAGGCUCGCGGGCGUCACUCCUCAGGGGCGUCUGGUCCGAGCCGGGAGGCGUUCCGCUAAGUUCGGUGCCCGCGGGCACCAGCCGGUGGGGGCUUCGUCCGCUUUGCCGGGUAGGAGGGCGGAAUGCGGGGUUGGUACGGGCGGGGAGAGCCGGACGGGGCCAACCUGGACCAACCACGUCAGCCAGUCCCGGGUGACUGGCUCGAAGUAGCCUCGGAGUUGAGAGGGGUCGACCGGGGCAGCCCGCGGCGCAUCCCCGGCAGCGCGCAUUUGCGGAGAGAACGGAUCCCGUGCCCGAGCGCCGCCGAGCCCCGCACGCCCGUGAGACCCGCUUUGAAUUUUCUCUCCAUGUUUGCUGGGGUUGUUGACCCGACCCCCCGUAAGACUCGGACUCAACGUUUUUGUUUGCCCCACGACAGCCAGCGUAAUGCUGUGGACGUAACAGGGCACGAACGUUUGUAACUGAAAGUUGAAGGGGCUGUGGCGUCUCCGUCCCGUGGCGUGGGAGGUGAUCGCCCAGCCCUUGUGAGUAGGAGUUGUCCUAGAACUCCGCCGACCGCCCAGCCGGUGGAGCCGGCGCUCCGGACGCCACUAGAGCUGGCGUUUCGUGGGCGCAGCACCUCUAGCCGGUCAUCUUCACCAUCGCCGUUGAGGGCACUGAGGCCGGGCCAGGCUUCAAACCCUGCCCUCUCUGAACCUAAAGCCAGAUACGAAAACCCAGACGACAGUGGCCUGGCACGGUGGCUCACGCCUGUAACCCCAGCACGAUGGGAGGCCGAGGCGGGUGGAUCAGCUGAGGUCAGGAGUUCAAAACCAGCCUGGCCAAGAUGGUGAAACCUCGUCUCUACUAAAAAUACAAAAAUUAGCCGGGCGCGGUGGCGGACGCCUGUAAUCUCAGCUACUCGGGAGACUGAGGCUGGAGAAUCUCUUGAACCCCGGAGGCAGAGGUUGCAGUGAGCCGAGAUCGCGCCACUGCACUCCUGCCUGGGGAACAGAGCAAGACUCUGUCUCAAAAAAACAAACCCAGAUGACCUAGAGCAGGUUGCUUGGGGCUUGCAUUAUGGGGCAUUUUCCGUGUUUCUGAAGAAAACCAGCAUGUGUGCAGCUGCCGUGAAGAACACACUGUGCAUCGUGAAGUCUGAAAAGAAGUAAAGCAGACCGGGAGAGGUGGCAAACGCCUUGGGAUCCCAACGGCUUGGGAGGCCACGGCAGGGGGUAUCGCUUGAGCCCGGGUGUUCAAGACCAGCCUGCGAAACAUAGGGAGACCCUCGUCUCUACAAAAACAUUUAAAAAUAAUUAGCGGGCGUGGUGGUGAGCGUCUGUAGUCCCACCUACUCAAGAGGCUGAGGCGAGAGGAUCGCUUGAGCUCAGGAGUUCGAGGAUUCAGUGAGCUUAUGAUUGCGCCACUCAAUUUUCCGGCCUGUCCGCCGGAGCGAGAACCUGUCUCAAAAAAAAAAUAGUGAAGCAUUCUAAAUUAAGAUGGUGGUUGUUUACAUGCAUCUAAAUUUACUCCUUCAUGAAGUUUCACUAAACUUACAUUAAGGCUGUUUAAAAACAAACAUGAACCUCCAGCAAUGGGAGAAUAGGAAAGGAAACGCUGGCAAUCAAAUAGCGGGCUCUAAAACAUGUGUGUCUUAGCAAACCCUGUAUUAACCACAGACUCUUCAAACUGCACGGAAACUGGCAGCACUGGACAGCUGUGGUACUGGGAAUGAAGGUGGUGUGGUGCAGAAGGUGGGUGUAAGGAGCUUAAAGAAAGAUGAUUUAGGUGAAAUAUGAGAAGCAAUUGGAUAUCCAGAUCCCCUUCCCCAUUUCACGCUGUUGGGUGACUGCCUUUCCCCUUGUUAGAAGACUGGAUGGAGGCUUAUUCUCUUGAGAAAGUAAAACAGAGGAUCUUUGAACUGAGAAACCCAGGCAUAAUUAUGGGGCUGCAUGUAUGAAGAUAGGGACACUGAAGCUUGAAGUCUUUCAUCUCCUUUGUCUCGCUCGACUUCCAAAACUUUUGCAGUCAGAUCAGACUAAUAAUGCUCUCCAGGCUGAAAUAAGAGAAUUCUACACGCUCACACACACAGAUGGCACAGAUGGGGAAAGGGAGAUGUCCUUUGCUUCUCAGAUGUAAAUGCACUUUAAGUUUGUUAUUCAACAGUGAAAAUGAGUCAUACAGAGGUUAAAUUAAAAAUACCUUUUGGAAAUAAAUUACUAGAUGCUGUUUGUUUGGUACCUAACAAGAGCUUAACAUAUGGAAUAAUUCUUACACAUGGAGCAUCAGGAGAUAUGAAUCUUCCUCAUUUGAUGUCACUGGCAUCCCAUCUUGCAUCUCAUGGGUUUUUCUGCCUGAGAUUUACCUGUAAAGGCCUUAAUAUUGUACAUAGAAUUAAGGCGUAUAAAUCAGUUUUGAAUUACCUGAAGACAUCAGGAGAAUACAAACUUGCAGGUGUUUUUCUUGGAGGUCGUUCAAUGGGCUCAAGAGCAGCUGCUUCUGUAAUGUGUCACAUUGAGCCAGAUGAUGGUGAUGAUUUUGUUCGGGGUCUCAUUUGUAUUUCUUACCCACUGCACCAUCCAAAGCAGCAGCAUAAACUCAGAGAUGAAGACCUCUUUCGUUUAAAAGAGCCUGUACUGUUUGUGUCAGGCUCAGCAGAUGAAAUGUGUGAAAAGAACUUGUUGGAGAAAGUGGCACAGAAAAUGCAAGCUCCCCAUAAAAUCCACUGGAUUGAGAAGGCAAAUCAUUCCAUGGCAGUGAAAGGACGGUCGACAAAUGAUGUUUUCAAAGAAAUAAAUACACAGAUUUUGUUUUGGAUCCAAGAAAUUACUGAAAUGGACAAGAAAUGUCAUUAGUUAAAAGCCAUGUUAUCUUGAGUACACAUACAGUUAAUUUGAUAAAGAAGAGUAUGCCUCUCAGCAUUGUGAGAUAUAUUUCAGACUAAUUUGAUGUUCUUUAAUGUUCCCUUAUUUUUGAAACACUUUUUAAAUGUGAAAUUAAUGUCCUUCACAAAAUGUCUUUUGAAAGCACUGUUACAGUUGUAUAAAGAUGAUGUAAAAAUAUUGAAGGUGGUCUACAUAUAAUUUAUUUUCAUUAGUAUAGUUAAGUUUUGAAAAAAAUUAAACAUCUGAAUUUUGUUACAAA